AUGCGUGCGCUUUUCCUACUAGCUUCCUUGGGCUUUGCAGCAGCCGAAGAUGGUUUGAAUGGCUGGUUACGUUAUGCAUCAUUGCCUUGUUCGAAAUCAUGCCAUUCCAACCUUCCUUCUACCAUUGUCACCCUCAAUUCCACCGAGAGUAGUCCGGUAUAUAUUGCUGGCACGGAAUUGCACAAAGGACUGAAGGGUGUCUAUAGAAAAGACGUGCGAGUCUCCCACAAAUGCAAGACAUCCUCCUCUGUCAUUGUUGGUACCGUCGAUCAAUAUCGCAAGACUUGCGGCGCGAUACACAGCAUACCUGAACUGGAAGACGAUGGCUUCUGGCUUAGCACCAAAGGGGACGCCGUUCAAAUUCUGGGGCAAAAUGAGAGGGGCGCGCUCUAUGGUACCUUCGAGUACUUGUCGAUGAUUUCACAGGGAAAUUUCUCCAGGGUUGCCUAUGCAUCCAAUCCGUCGCAGCCCAUCCGCUGGGUGAACCAAUGGGACAAUAUGGACGGAAGUAUCGAGCGUGGCUAUGGUGGUCCUUCUAUUUUCUUUAAGAACGGACAGAUUGUCGAAGAUUUGACUCGUGUCGCUGAAUACGCACGUCUCUUAGCCUCCAUUAAAAUCAAUGCCGUUGUCAUCAACAACGUCAACGCCAAUGCUACACUCUUGGACCCAAAGAACAUUGACGGUUUUGGUCGAGUAGCUGAUGUCUUCCGGCCAUAUGGUAUCCAGGUUGGCAUGUCUCUCAACUUUGCCUCGCCCCAAACAUACGGUGGUCUGAGUACCUUCGAUCCCCUUGAUGAAUCUGUUAUCAAGUGGUGGUCGGACAUUACUGCCCAGAUCUAUAAGCGUGUUCCUGACAUGGCUGGCUACCUCGUCAAGGCGGAUUCCGAAGGCCAGCCUGGUCCACAAACGUACAACAGGACCCUCGCCGAUGCAGCAAAUCUCUUCGCCAAAGAAGUUCAACCAUAUGGUGGUAUCGUUAUGUACCGUGCCUUUGUCUACAACCAACUCAACGAAUCUGUCUGGACUGCAGAUCGUGCAAAGGCAGCUGUCAACUUCUUCAAAGAGCUAGAUGGUGAAUUUGACGACAAUGUGGUGAUCCAGAUCAAGUUUGGACCUAUCGAUUUCCAAGUUCGCGAGCCAGUAUCGCCUUUGUUCGCGAAUCUACCCAAUACCAACAUGGCAAUCGAGCUGCAAGUAACGCAAGAGUAUCUUGGCCAACAGUCCCACUUGGUAUAUCUGCCUCCACUCUGGAAGACUAUCUUGGACUUCGAUCUUCGAGUCGACCACCAACCAUCGCUCGUUCGUGACAUUGUAGCUGGCAAGCGCUUCAAUCGCAAAUUUGGUGGCUCAGCAGCUGUUGUCAACGUCGGUACAAAUACCACCUGGCUUGGAAGCCACCUUUCCAUGUCAAACCUAUACGCCUACGGGCGCCUGGCGUGGAGUUCAACAGAUGACGCGCAAGACAUCCUACACGACUGGAUCCGCCUCACCUUCGGUCUAGACCGUAAAGUCCUAGACACAAUUACCCACAUGUCCAUGGUGUCAUGGCCCGCCUACGAACAAUACAGCGGCAAUCUAGGAAUUCAAACUCUGACCGACAUCCUCUACACCCACUACGGUCCUAACCCCGCCUCCCAGGACAACAACGGUUGGGGCCAAUGGACCCGCGCAGACCAGGCAAGCAUUGGAAUGGACAGAACCGUGAAGAAUGGCACGGGAUACUCAGGCCAAUAUCCCGACGAAAUCGCAACCAUGUAUGAGAACAUCAAUACAACACCCGAUGACCUACUCUUAUGGUUCCAUCAUGUCGACUAUACCCACCGCCUAAAAUCAGGCAAGACUGUCAUCCAACACUUCUACGAUGCCCACUACACCGGCGCAGAGACAGCGCAGACAUUCCUUACCCAGUGGGAAUCGCUUCAGGGGAAGAUAGACCAGGAGCGAUACAGUCAUGUCCGUCACUUCUUGGAUUACCAAACUGGUCACUCAAUUGUUUGGAGAGAUGCCAUCAACGAUUUUUACCAUAAUCUCUCUGGUAUCCCCGACGAAGCAAAGCGCGUCAGUCAUCACCCAUGGCGCAUCGAAGCUGAGAGUAUGACGCUAGAUGGGUACAAACCAUAUACCGUCACUCCCUUCGAAACGGCUUCGGGGUCUCUUGCUAUCGUCACGGAGUCUAAUAGCACUGCUGGCACUGCUGUAACCAAAGUGCCAUUUGCUUCAGGCACAUAUGAUAUCGCUGUUAAUUACUAUGAUCUUUACGGUGGUCAGUCUCAGUGGACCAUCUCCUUCAACGAUCGGAAGGUGGGCGAGUGGGUUGGAAAUAGCGAAGAUACUUUCAGCCAUACACCUUCUAUCUACUUGGACGGACAUUCGGCUAUGCGUAUCAAGUUCCGAGGCAUCAAGGUGAAGAAGGGCGAUACGUUGAAGAUUGUCGGUCAACCCGAUGGUGUUGAAUCGGCUCCUUUGGACUAUGUGGCUUUCUUGCCAGCGGGGAUUGUAGAUUAA